AUGGAGCGAUCGUUAUCAGACUCCCAAGAGUGCGGAGAUUGGAAGACAUUCGUGGUGAUAGGUGGUGUGUUGUCAAAGGGUGAGAACCCCUCCCACCUUAAAGAUGAAUGUCUUCGUGGGCGUCGUAAAGCCUUGCGCGUCGACGUGCAAAAUGCUGCCAUAUGCACGUUCCACAGGUUCGGACGAAGACAGAUUAGCCACAGAUUAUUUUGCGCAGUAAUGGCGUUGGCGUAUAAUAUGCCUUCUUUACAACCACCCCCUACGAUAUUCUUUGCGUCUGCCAUGGAUUAUGUGGACCACCUUAAACACCGCGUCUGGGAAGGCUGUGUCAACGACGUUGGUACGUGUGGGUUUACAGCACCCCUCCACGCUGUUUAUCAUAACGUCCUGGACUCCGUGGAAAUCAUCUUGCACCACGGCGCGCACACCGCUUGGCCACACCCAACUCCACUACGCGGUAUCGCACGACAACGUGACUUUCCUGCACCUGUUGCUAGCUGGAGGUGAUGUACACGUAAAAGAUGUCAAACGGCACUCCCCGUUUUCUAUGCUGCUACCAUCGCCGUGUUCGAGCAGCGUACAUAUUUUUACGUUUGGAUCCGGACCGACCAACAUGUACAAGCUGCUCACGCGUGUGUUGUCAACUCAGUUUGUUUUUGCAAUAUGACUCUUUGUUACUGUGCGUACCCCCCACUUUUGUUUUGUUUACUUUUAUCUGUUUUUUGCUCUUCGCUGAAUUCUCUUUCAUCGCUUACAACGUAAAUAAAUGAUCUGUAUUUCUACCU